AUGGCCGCGAGUAUUAGCUACCACGCUACUGCCACCGCCAGCGAGCGCGCUUUGCUGGCGACAUUCAUUAAAAUUUGCCAAGCCCGCCGCCCGUCGGCCGCACCUGCCGCCCUGGCGCGCGACCAACCCGCGCAUUGUUUUGCUCCGAAUACAUUGCCCAGCGGCAACGGCCGCUGCCGCGACGGACUCUGCCUCAGCUAUUUA